AUGUUUAUCGACUUCACAGCACUCGUUACCCCUCUCACAGACACCAGCAGUUUGAACGUCUUGGAAGCCCAUCUGUUUUGCGUGGGUCCACACAUCACUCUCGCCUCUCCCUCUGGGCUGCAGGCCCUCUGUGGACAGGGACCCGCCCCCCUCCCUGGAUCCCCAGCACUAACACCUCGGAGACCGCGUUACUCAGACACCUCACAGAGCACACAACGAGCAAUCGAUGAAAAAGUGUUCGCAAGCCACCGUGAAGGCUGGCAGACGCCUGUGCCCUCCCACUGUGACACAGGAGCCUCUGGACACAUCUACACCACCAGCCCCGGGCUUCUCGGCCCCACAAGUUCUGGAAGCCAUCUGCUCAGCUCUGGCUACACGGAAAUCAGGGAGCCUGUGGUUACCUCGGCAACCUCUGAUCUGAACCAAACUGCCCGUUGGGCUGCUGCCUCUCCUCCUGCCUAUCUCUACACCAGACAGGAAGUGGUCACCAAAGAAGUCAGACGGGGCCACCGGCUCCUGCCCUCUCUGACACCACUUUUCUCCUUUGUAAAAGUGGAAGUCUCUGUCCCUGUCCACCCCUCCUUGCUGUGCCCUAACUCCAAUGUCUUCUUCUGGGGGCACCAUCCCUUGAGAGGGGUGGCCUGCAAGCAAAGGGGGUGCCUCGCCCUCCACUGUUUGACCCCACACCUAGGCAAGGGAGGAGCUGGGAUAAGAGGAGGCAGAUCUCACUGACUGUGAACCGUGGCUGCUGGGGACACAUUUCAAAACGCAGGCACGAAGCUGUCCCGGCAUUCUCCCCAGCGUCCAGUCCUCGGAGGGAAGACGCAGGGCCGCGUGCCACCCUCAGAGCCAGGGCAGCUCAGUGUGGAGUGACAGACAGCAGGAGGUGCCAGUGGCCUCGAGAGGUGCCCCGGGGACCUGUGGCAGAGCCCAGAGGGCUCAGAACCGGAAGCAGCGAUGCCAGUGCCCGUUUCACCCUCCCGUCUGCCUUCACCCACCCCACCUGUCUUUUUGGUGAAACAGGAAUGGUAAAUGGCUAUGGGUUAGCCCAGAUAAAUCCUCCAAGACCUCUUUCAGCAAUGAACUCUGGUUCUCCCCGAGGGAAUUCCACAGGCAGCAGAACCAGGGGCGGGUGAGGGAGGCAACAGCGAAUGUGAAAGAGGUCGCCAGGCAGCGGUCACCAGCCUCGCCCUGCAGACUGAACCCCACGGACGUGUUUGGGUUAGACUUCAGAAAUCCAGGGGUUUCCCAGGA